GGAAGACCUUUUCCAACGAAAAUCCAGUAGCAAACAGGAAAUGGCACUUUGAGGAGAGACACACACACGAAAAACCACAAACCGACAUGGACAAAGGCGUCGAGGGUGCAGACAGCAGCGCACGCACCGCUUCAGCACACCUCUCCAGCAACAGAAGCUCGCGUUUACCUAGCGAAAAAGCAAUCGGAAGUGUUGUGAGUGCACCCGGUAGCAACGGAACGAAAGACAACGACAAAGCGGAAAAGACACGCACACGAUUGUGAGUGCCCUGCAUGCGCGCUGUGUUUCCCUGUCGCGUUCGUCUCACUGGCUCACGACGACGAGGAACGCCUGGCUUUUCAACAGGGAUUCCGUGUUCACAUCCUCCAUCACAGACAACAAUCGUUCGUUGUUCUUCUGGCGUUUCACACAAAAGUGAGAGUUUCGGAGAAGGCGCUUUCCUCCUUGAGAAGGCGGAACUGCGCAACAUCCGGCCCUCUGAAGCAUAGUGAAGACACCAAGAGCCGAGCAGAUGCGCUCACGCGCCGCCAACGGGUCGUCUCUGCCAUGACUAGAUGAAAAAGCUCGUGCGAUAGACUAGCCAGUGCUGAUAUUUAGUCUUGUGCAAAACAACUGAAAGUCUCAUCAACAUCACUUGACAGGGUCUCCCCAGAGAGUCUCCGUUUCAUGCCACAGGAUUUGCCGAAGAAGCCAACGAGUGGCCACCCUCGGUCAGCGAGCAUCGACUGGCUACCUGCAACCAGCUGCGCCAGUUCGUCGCCAAGAGAAAAUGCCUUACCGCUAGCGCUGUGACGGUGUUCUCUUGCUGAAUCUUUUGUAAGUUACGUAGAGUGAAGAUUUGAGCUUCCACUUGGAGAAACGGCUCCGCGUUCGGAUGUUCUAGCCCACUGCGGUUGUGCACCGGGAGUGUAGCGCAGAUUUCGUGCGGCACGGGUUCCGUGCGACCGUUGACACGGCCAUGCAUUUCUUUUCAGUUCGCCUGGGCGAACUGUCUCGUAGUUCUAGCAUGUUCUUCACGUUGGCAGGGAACGUUCCAGAUUUUCUUUCCAGUGCGACGUGUAAAAGGGCUUUCCGUUGCUAGUCUGCCAAGUGCAACACUUUCGGUUUUUUUCCGAUCAGCCGCGCCUGUCCAUUUGAGGCGGAAGCGACCUCCACUUGCAGGCUUUUGCCCUGCGUCUUGUUCAACGCGCUCUUCGCGUUCCACGGGAGUUCCAAGUUUUCGUGCGUUGUUUGACCUGGUGCAUCCAGCAAGAAAAACCCUGGACGCUCUCCGUUCAAUUCUUUGCGUGAAUACAGGGGCUGGCGUAUGGCGUGGACACCCAGUGCUCGCUACCCAGCGCCGAUUGUUUUUUAGUUUGAGCCACCAAGGAGGAGAACGGAAGGGUAAUUCGACUUCUCAGGCUCGUGUCUUGUCAAAGAGCUGCCGAAAGGGAAAGUGGUAGGCCGCGAGCAUCUCCUACGGUCGACGCCACAGUGUUCGUCUGUCAGUAUUCAGCUGUGUUUAUUUGGUUCCACUCGCAGGUAAAACGGAGCUCUCUGCCGGGGUUUUUCCGGGAACUCCGUGACGUUGCUGGUGCGAAACACUUUCUUCUGCGCAUGUGUGCGUUGAAGGGAUCUGCAGAAAGACAAAACCCGUACGGGCCUCCGUCAGGCGAGGUGCAGAGAGCAAGUCACGAUGGCAGAAUUUCAGUAUCUUUGCAAGUUUUGUUUCUGUUUGACGGACGACGAUGGAGACGGCAAGGUUAAAGUGUCUCAACUGGGCACCAUGCUUCGCAUGUUGGGACAGAUAUGGUCGUACGCGUCCAUUUUGAAGGUGGAGAAGGAGCUGGGCGACAGGCCCGUGACCCUGGACACAUUUCUCCGCAUUGCUAAACAAAAGAGACUGGAGGAAGCCAAGGCUCGGAAGAAGCCGAUAAGCGAACAGAUGGUACAGGUCUACGGCAUUUCCACCGACAUUGGCCUGAGUGCAGAUGAGAUCAAUGAACUCAAAGUUUGCUUCGACGUUUUUGAUCCGGAGGGCCGGGGGGUUUGCUCAGUGAAGGACGUUAGUCAGGUCCUUUCGUGUCUUGGCGAACAGCUAUCGCCAGCGGAUGUUGAAACACUUUUGGCGCUAGAGAAUUUCGACGGGGCAGAGCAUCUGCGGUUUGCCGAUUUCUGUGCCAUAUUCAGUCGUUUGCAACGGUAGGUGCGGGGUUACUGUCUGAGCAUGUUACGUGGACCAGCGAUUCGCCGCUGUGUUGUCUUCGCAAUCGCUCAGCUUCGCCUCUGUGAAUUUCCAAAUGUCUACAUGAACUUUUCUGACCCAAAUAUUCUGCACGCUGAACCCCGUGUCACCGAAUGGGACUCUAUCGUUUUUCGGUAGUUGACAACACAACAAAGCAGGGAUGACGGCUGCUAAAGCGCGACAGCAUUUCCAUUUUCACUCCAUUUUGAAAUAUUAUUCGUCGACUGGAUGAUCCGGGGCUGCCCUCAUGGGCGUCGUUGCGAGUUCCGCCUCCAGUUCGCCGUUGCUAAUGUCGCCGUUGCUGCUAAGUCAGACAGAGUUGAUUGGUGUGGUGUACGUCUGGCUACUCAUGCUGAGGCACGAGGCGAUGCACGACUUUCAAAGUGCGAAACAGCGACUAAGGAAUCGAGAGACACACGAAUACUGGAUAGACUUGCGCGCUGCUGUACCGCAAUCGAGAAAGCGCACGUCUGGGCCUUGUUCGACGCAGCAAUAUUCAUUUCGUGGAUAGUUGCUAUCACGUACCGCGCGCAGUGUUCUUAAAUAUCAUCGUUGUGUGCUUGGGAUUCAUGUUGUGUAAUGCUACGUUGGCUUGUAUACGGAGGUAUAUUAGCUGACGCUCAGUUAGACAAGAGAAAAGAUACAGUUGGUUGCAUCCGUAACAUCGUCCGCUACCGCGGCGCUCGUACAACCAGUUACGAGACUGCUGCCCAACACAGUGAAGGAGAUAGUGGAUGAUAGGCGGAUCGUUCAGUGAGAGGACCGCUCGACUUAAAUGGCAUGCCACCGUUCGAAGGAUUUCGAGA